AUGAACCGUGUUCUAGCGGUGGCCGGCAUCGAUGGCCUUCGCCGAAGCUCGUUGCCGUGGAAUAUUAAACAAAACUACACGUUGAUAACGAGCAAUGACGAUCCGAACGAGGUACACCUGGAUGACGAAAUCGACCGUGUCUUCGGAACGUCCAGCACCGUCGAAAAGGAGCGGUUCGAACUGAACCGGCUGCAGGACCAAGUCAUCCUGGACAACUCGCCGCUCAAGUACGACGAAGCACACCGUGUCGCCGACGGCGCGGAUCGCCCGAUGCAUCAGGACACCGUCUCGAGCGCCAGCAACACUAGCAACACCACCAGCAACAAAGCCGGCAGCAACCAUGAGGCCCGCAAGCCGGUCUCGCCUCCGACCACCGCCCCGACCAGCCCGAUCUCGUUCUCCUCGAAGAGCGAGGCGACGGACACGAAACCGUCGACGGCCAACAACACCACGCUAGCGGACAACACGUCGAAUGACUUCAGCGAAACCGUCCACGAUGAGCCGGUGGUGGACCAGGGCACUGUGCAGGGCGAGCAGUGGGAUACGAGCGCCAGGAGGAAUGUGCACUUCGACAAGGACAAGAAGCCGGUACCGAUCGAGGGCCUACAAGUAGAGGACACCAACGAGGAGCGCCGGCGACGAACGGAGAAGCUGCUGCAAAGCAAACCCACCCGAAGUAAAAGGCGCCACCAUCCGCACAAGUCGCGCAAGUUCUCGCUCCAGGAGUACCACCCGGAAUGGAGGCGCCAAAGUGGAACCGAGGGUGGACCAACUGGACGCCGGAUCUCGGUGCAACCGGAGGACGCCACUCUGCAGGAGGCGGACAUCGACGAGCUGACGUCGCACCGAUCGGAUGACCCGCGUGCCCUUCGACGGCACAAGGUAAGCGCCCAGACCGGUGCAUCCUUGGUGAACAUCAACCGGAAGGACGCACCCCAGCUGCAUCACUUGCUGCCAUCGAGCAAGUACAAGAAGCUGUACGACCACAGCCCACACGAAGUAUUCGUGCAGCUGGACGAACUCACGGGCAGUGGGGAGGAGCGCGAAUGGAAAGAGACAGCCCGUUGGAUCAAGUACGAGGAGGACGUUGAGGAGGGCGCUGAUCGAUGGGGCCGACCACACGUGGCCUCCCUGUCGUUCCACUCACUCCUGAACCUGCGCCGCUGUCUCGAGACAGGCGUCGUGUUGAUGGACCUGGAGGAAAAGGACCUCCCAUCGGUGGCGUACCGCGUUGUCGAACAGAUGGUCGUCGACGAGCUGAUCCACGAGGAUGACAAGGCCGUCAUCAUGCGGGCACUGCUACUGCGUCACCGGCAUGUGAACGAAAGCUCGCAUGGUGGCUUUUCCUUCGCGCCGAAGCGAAAGUACAGCAGCUACACGAGCCUCCAGUCCUUGUCCAUGCGCGCCGAGGAGACCGGCAACGGUGAGGUGAUCGUGGGCGUGAGACGGUUGAACUCCUUCAUCAGCCCCACGCAGAGCUACACGCUCAGCCCACCCUCGCUGCACCCGAACUCGGUGUACGGCCAAAGUCCGAACCUGUCCUCGCGCAACCAACCCGUUGUGGGUUCGCAACAGGCUCCAUCGGCGCAGAAGGAGCGCCAUCAGCGGUUUGCCUCCUCGAAUGGCAGGGCUCGACGCUCCGGCAGCCAGGAUAGUAGUAGCGCAGCAACGGCAGCAGCAGCAGCCUCGUCCGCAACAGCAGCAGCCGCCGCAGCAGCACCGGUGACCCUAACCACGGUUACCAGUGCCGUUGGUAUGCGACGAAAUAACACACCUUUAUCGCUGACAGUUAGCGUGGAUGAUAAGAAACCGCGCAUCGUCCCAGCGGCCGAAAUCAACGGCCACGGUGGGCACGGCGAAACCCGGAUCAACAUCAGCGAAGAAACGUACACCUCCUCGCAGGAGGACAUCAAGAUGCGCACGCAGAAGGAGUCGAUCCUGAAGCGCAUCCCUGAAGGCGCCGAAGCAACGACCGUCCUUGUCGGUGCGGUGGAUUUUCUCGAACAACCCACGAUCGCGUUCGUGCGACUUGCUGAGGGCAUUCCGAUGCCAAGCAUCACGGAGGUCCCGAUCCCGGUGCGUUUCCUGUUCAUCCUGCUCGGACCGCAGAAGACCGAGCUCGACUACCAUGAGGUAGGCCGCUCGAUCGCCACACUCAUGUCGAACGAGCAUUUCCACGACAUCGCCUACAAGGCGGACGACCGGAGGGAACUGCUGUCCGCGAUCAACGAAUUCCUGGACGACUCGAUCGUGCUUCCGCCGGGCAAGUGGGAACGUCAGGCGCUGUUGCCGUUCGAGGAGCUGAAAGCCAAGAGUGACAUGAUCCGGUUGCGCAAGAAGAAGGCUCUCGACGAGAAGAUCAAGAGCAAGCAGUCUCAACUGCUAACGAGCGAGGAAGAGAAGAAGCUACUGGCAGCAACCGGUGGCGAUGGGGGUGAUGGCAAGAAACCCAAAAAGAACCCACUCGAGAAAACGAACCGUUUGUGGGGUGGAUUGAUCAACGACAUCAAGCGCCGUUACCCGAUGUAUAAGAGCGAUAUCAUGGACGGGAUAAAUGCCGAAACACUCGCGGCUACCAUCUUCAUGUACUUCGCGGCCCUUUCGACGGCCAUCACGUUCGGUGGGUUAUCAUCCGACAAGACACACAACCUGAUUGGCAUCUCAGAGACGCUCGUGUCAGCAUCGAUGGUUGGUGUCGUGUUCCACCUUCUCGCAGGUCAACCUUUGGUCAUCAUAGGUACCACCGGACCGCUACUGCUGUUCGACGAAGCGCUCAAUCAGUUCUGCAUCUCGAACAACUUCAGCUUCCUGACCGUGCGUGUCUACGUCGGGUGCUGGCUGGCCGUGAUCGCGCUGAUCGUGUCCGCGUUCGAGGGCAGCGUUUAUGUGCGACUUUUCACGCGCUUUACGCAGGAGAUCUUCUCGGCACUCAUCACGCUGAUCUACAUCGUGGAAACCAUCAUGAAGCUGGUGUCGGUGUACGCGCGUCAUCCGUUGUUGGCUGAGUAUCAGUACAAGAACGUGACCGCACCACAACCGCUGGUGGUGCCACCCUACGGCGAGGACGUGGGUAACGACACCACCGUCUCAAGUGCUGCUGGCUUGCUCGCCGAGAGCCUUACAACGGUGGCGAAUGUCACGUUGGGCAUCCCUGUUGAAGCGGACCACCUGCUGUUGCCCGAAGACGCCGUUGGUCCUCGGAACCGCCCAAAUACGGCCCUUUUCUGCACGAUCCUUACGCUCGGAACGUUCUCGUUGGCCUACUACCUGAAGCUGUUCCGCAACUCACACUUCUUGGGACGAAACGCACGCCGAGCUCUGGGUGAUUUUGGUGUACCGAUCUCGAUCGCGCUGUUCGUGCUGCUUGACUUCAUGAUCCCGCAGGUGUACACGGAGAAGCUGAGCGUACCGGAGGGUCUGUCACCUAGCGAUGACACACGCCGUGACUGGCUCAUUCCUUUGGGCGGUGUGCCUGGAUGGAUGCCAUUCGUUGCCGGUGUUCCCGCGCUGCUGGUGUACAUCCUUAUCUUCAUGGAGACGCACAUCUCGGAGCUGAUCGUAGACAAGCCCGAGCGAGGCCUGAAGAAGGGUUCGGGUCUGCACAUGGACAUUGUGCUGCUGUGCUUCCUCAACACCGUGUGCGGGUUCUUUGGCAUGCCGUGGCAUUGUGCUGCCACCGUCCGUUCGGUGACGCACGUUUCGGCCGUCACCAUUAUGUCGAGGACCCACGCACCUGGAGAUGCACCACACAUCACGGACGUGAAGGAGCAGAGAAUAUCGGGCUUCUUCGUAUCACUGCUUGUAGGCCUCUCAGUAGCGAUGGCACCGAUCCUCCGACUGAUCCCGAUGUCGGUCCUGUUCGGUGUGUUCCUGUACAUGGGCAUAGCUUCCAUGAGCGGAGUGCAGUUCUUCGAACGAUUGCGGCUGUACCUGAUGCCCGUAAAGCACCACCCACAAGUGCCAUUCGUGAGGCGUGUGCCGACGUGGAAAAUGCACCUGUUCACCGGUGUGCAGAUAUUGGCCCUCGCCAUGCUGUGGGCCGUCAAGUCGUCGCCGUUCUCGCUGGCGUUCCCGUUCUUCCUGAUCAUGAUGGUGCCGAUCCGGAAGCAGCUGGAAAACGUCUUUUCACCGCUCGAACUGCGUGCGCUUGAUGGCAGCCAACCGAACGAAGGUGCGGAAGAUGAGCCCGACUUCUACGAACAAGCACCCAUACCCGCUUAAUCGCGUCCCGCGUAAUGUACUCGAAGAUGGUGUGCCCAGUGUGCCCAACGGAUGCCGGGUUAUCCACGAUAACGACUUAUCUAGCCGCAAGAUAACACAAUAAGCAAAGGCUAGCAGCAUGGUUGAGUUUCGUCGAUUGUAUGCAAUAUUAAAUUUCACCCGUCCUGUCGCAAAUGUGGGCAGGAAGGGUCGAGAACAAGAUGCGGCAGAGCGCAGGUAUCGAGUGCAAACUGAUUGCGUGUAGCACGUGCGUCAUCUGCAAGUGCACCAGGCGGCGUUAUCUUUUAGGCGCGACUGUCGAACAGCGUCGAACAGAGCGUUGAAUAGGAGCAAUACCACACGGAAGCAAUUCCAUCGAUCACAAUUUCACUGGAUUGGUAGAUUUCGUCACCAAAACCACCUCCUCCUUUACGUAACGAAAUUAUUAGGUGUAACGUAGGCAUGUGAAAUAUCAAGCAACAGGCAUUAACAAAGGCAAAAAAAAGUAACAAACGUAGCAUAAAUCAAAGCAGAUAUUCAAUUGGCCCUUGUCGACGGAGGAACUUCUUGGAGUGGCAAAAGCUUCGGUGGAAAUAGAAUGAGUGUGUAUGUGUGCAUGUGUAUGUUUACAACAGUCUGUGAUCAGUAUUACUUACAGGACAUGAAGGUACUUGCAUGGAACCACGAGUAAAAAAAGGGCAUAGAACAGAUGGAGGCGCACAGUAUAACGAGAGUAGAGAACAAAUCAAAGUAGUAGAUCGGACCUAAACCAGACCUUUCUCGCAAUGAAGAGAAAGAACAUCACUUUUACGGAAACGAUGAGCUAGCCACACGCGGCAUCAGGGACGUACGGAGAUGAUGGUUGUGAGCGGUGGUGUGCGACACGACCGGAGCGCAACCGUGAAGGAUGAACAUUUUAUUUUUGUGAAUCUUUAAAGCUCCCUUUUUCUACUGUAGCCAGAUGUUAAGGGGUUGGUGCAGGGAGUGCAGCGUGCAGGCGCGAAGAAGAUUGUUGUGUAGUGUUGUAGUGGCCAAGCCAAGAACAAACAGAUUGAUGUGUAUGCGAUGUGUGUAGCACGGAUGUCGUAGGAUGAAUUUGUUCCGUUUAUGUUUCUUGUUGAUGAAAAGAUUCUAUUUUCACAGAGAUAUAUUGACAUUUGCUUCGCUCGAAAGACAAAUAUUAACGGCCGCACGGCCUCAAUGCCUCAAGGAGGGAUACUUAAAACGUAACGGAGCGCGUUACAGGCCCGGCCUAGCGAGUACCGUUUCCUGGGCGGCCGGCACUUUGGCCAAACGGAGGCAUAUUUACGGAGGAGAAUUUUAUCUUACUUUAUAUAUUUUUUUAGAUAGCCAUUAACUAGACGGUCCUUCUGCAAAAAGGGCUAGAAUACCGAGGACGUUGUCGAGCAUGCAUGUCGUAGAGCUCUUCGCAUUACUUACACUAGAUUAGUGCAUAGACGGUACGAAUUGAAAUUUAUUCUUCAAUUUCUCGCGUCAUCCUAAGGACAUUAUUAGCCUUCUGAUAGCGUACUAGCGUAACCGAACCAACGGUACAAAUAAAAUCUAAACCAUAUUCCAU